AAUUUUCAUCCCCAAGAAGCACCGACAGCGCUUUGACGAGGUGGUGUCCCAGAGCCUGAUCAGCAAGCUGUGCCGCUCCAAGAGUGAACAGCAGCGCCACAGCCGCAGCGAGGACCACCAGGAGCGGCUGCUGGUGUCCACCCGCGCCAGCUCUGUGCCACGCAGCCACGAGGAGCUCAGCAAGAGCCUGCGCAAGACCACCUCGCUCAUCACCAGCAAUGUGGCCUCGGGGGCUGCCCGCAGAACUGUGCGAGUUUACAAAGGCAACAGGAGCUUUGGCUUCACUCUCCGUGGCCAUGCCCCAGUGUGGAUUGAGUCUGUCCUGCCAGGGAGCCCAGCAGAGAAGGCUGCUCUCAAAGCUGGAGACAGGAUCCUGUUCCUCAACGGCCUGGACAUGAGGAACUGCUCCCAUGACAAGGUGGUGUCGAUGUUGCAGGGCAGUGGGGCCAUGCCCACCUUGGUGGUGGAGGAGGGGAUUGUCAACUUCUCCAGCGACUCUGAGUCUCCUGAGUCCCCGAGCAGCUCCUCCUCCCUCACCUCCCUGCAGUGGGUUGCAGAGAUUCUCCCCUCUAGCAUCAAGAUCCAAGGAAGGACCUUCACGCAGCAGCUGGAGCACCUGCUGACCCCACCUGAGCGCUACACCAUCUGCAAGGCCCUGGAAAGCUUCUUCCAACAUCGGAACAUUGACACUCUGAUUGUGGAUGUGUACCCCGUGCUGGACACUCCAGCCAAGCAAGUCAUCUGGCAGUUUAUUUACCAGCUGCUGACCUACGAAGAGCAGGAGCACUGUCAGCAAAAGAUUGACAGGUUUCUUGGGUACAAGUCUUUGGCAGCCGAGGCGGAGGCAGAGGAUCGGUACCGCAGCUCCGUCCGAGGAGCAUCCCUGUGCCGGGGCAGCCUCCGCACCCCCCGGCCCGAGGAGGAGGGGGCAGCAGGUGGGUGAUGGAGUGACACUGUGGAGGUCCCAGUUCGCCUGAUCCCUGGAGAGAGACAGGCUGGAGAUGGCACAUCCCUCCCGGAGACACCCAACCCCAAAAUGAUGUCAGCUGUGUAUGCAGAGCUGGAGAACCGCCUGAUCGGCAGCUUCGCCGGCAAGAUGGGCAGUGCUGCCCUGCACAGGGCAUCGCCCCCGGCCUCGGAGCUGGCACACGCCACAG